AUGGCGGACAUCAUGGCCGCGUCACGCGCGCAGGGCCUACGCGUGCGCUUAAGCACGGUUGGCCCUCUCUUCCGCGUCACGGCAACCCGCGUCGGCGGCGACGGCGACGUGGAGCUGGGCCGCGCCGAGGGCGCUGUCCGGCCCUGGCCCGGGGGCUCCGUGCUGCACCUCGACUCCAUGCGGAUGUCGCGCGCCACGCUCGAGGUCCCUGACCGGCCGCUCUUCGGCCUCGGCAUCUUCCUAGGCGCCGUCACCGUGCGCCAUGGCUUCGACGCUGGCUGCGUGCGCGCCGAUCUGCUAGCCAUCAACGAUACGCCGCUCUAUCACAACAAGCUUGUUAAGUUCUAUACGAGGAUGGGUUUCAAAGCAGUGCAUGAGGUAGAUGGAUCAUCAAUGAUGGAUCUUGCUCAUAUGUUAGUGUGGGGAGUAACAAGUGCAAUAAGCAUGCAUAAUUGGUUCGCUAACAAGUUUACAACGUUCCAUCUUCAGCAUUUUCAUCAGCAAGAAACAAAUGGCCAGACAGAUUGUAUAUUUAUAUUCCGGCGACGACCGAAUGUAAGGGGGCAAGAAAAUGGGACUCAACUCAAUCUUCAGGGCCUUCACUUCCUGAGAGACAGUCAAGCUCUUUCAACUGUAGGUCAGGUCAAGCAAGAAAUCUCCAUGAUCCGUCACUCUCUGCGACAAGGAAUCUUAGCAUCUACACAAAGCUCUUGA